GGCACAAAACUUUCUGCUGGACAAUGUCGCGACCCGGUCCUCCCCCGGAGUCAGACAGUUCUGAAGGUUAGACGUCUGAAAUCAAGGUGUCAGCUCAGCCACACUCCCUCUGAAGGAUCUAGAGGAGGAGGCUUCCUUGUCUGUUGCAGCUUCUGCUGGCUUCUGGUGUUCCUUGGCUUGUGGCAGCAUCACUCCAAUCUCUGCCUCUGUCUUCACAGGGCUUCUUCCCUGUGUCUGUCUCGCUGUGUCUUCUCCUCUUAUAAGAACACCAGUCUUUGGAUUUAGGGCCCACCCUAAAUCCGGGAUGAUUUCAUCUCAAGAUCCUUAACUACAGCUGCAAAGAUCCUGUUUCCAAAUAAAGUCACAUUCUGAGCUUCUGGGUGGACGUGAAAUUUGGAGGGGAUACUAUUUAACAAGCAACAAAAUAUGUCUGUCGAAAGGACCAAAGCUCACUGUCAGGGCACCAAUUGUGGUUAUAAAUCCAAAUACUUGUGUAUUAUCAGAAACAGUGUGAUAGAUGAUGCUAAGGCCUGCUUAAAAAAGCAUGAUGCUGGGACCAAAUAUUCUCACUCGUCAUCUAAUAAAUAUUCCAUCCUUUUACCAUUGUUGGCAAAAGAAGGAAAACUCCAUCUGCUGUUCACCCUCCGGUCCGAGAAGCUAAGAAGGUCACCUGGAGAAGUUUGCUUCCCUGGAGGCAAGUGGGAACCUACGGAUGUGGAUGAUGUGGCCACAGCUCUCCGCGAAGCCCAGGAGGAAGUGGGACUGCAUCCUCAUCAAGUGGAGGUCGUCUGCCGCCUGGUGCCGCAGCCGCUUGACAAAGACGCACUGUUAACCCCGGUUGUAGGAUUUAUAGACCACAACUUCCAGGCCCAGCCUAAUCCCGAUGAAGUUAAGAAUGUGUUCCUGGUGCCUCUGGAAUAUUUCCUGCAUCCAUAUGCCUACCACCAGAAUCACGUCACACGUUCUGGUCAUGAUUUUAUUAUUCAUUGCUUUGAGUACACAAACCCUGAAGAUGGUGUGACUUACCAUAUCAAGGGAAUAACUGCAAAAUUUGCCCUGCUCAUUGCCUUGAUUAUUUUGGGGAAAAAACCCACCUUUGAGGUUGAAUUUAAUCUCAGUGAUCUAAUAUCCUCUGAAGAGUCCUCCCUGGAGCCUCAUAAACAUGCUACAAGCAAGUUAUGAUUUAUGAGACCAGCAUCCAAAUAACUAUCUAAAAGGUUUUUGUGGGUGCUUAUCUACAGAACAGCAAUAAUGCCAGCUGUUGAAAUUUGACAGGUCAGAAUAUUUUUCCUGCAAUAAGAAUGUAAAAACCUCACCUUUUUUUCAGUUGCUGUCUAUUACCUGAAAGAGCAAAAGUCUUUCAAAAGUGGAAAAAUGUGUUUAUAGUGUUGCAUAAUUCACCUACAAUAUGUUAACAAUAUUUUUCUUACAAAUGUAAGAAAAUGUAUAUGGCACAUGGUAGGCACUUAAUAAAUAUUCAUUGGAUAUAUGACCAUGUGGCAUUUAUCUUAUUUGUAAGAGGUAAAUAUCUCUUUCUGUCUGUUGUUACAUGUGAUAGAAACUUCCAGCCAGCCAUCAGAAACUAUCCUCCCGUUCUUCUAUGGCAGUACGCUUGAAGCUGAGUCCAUAGCUCUCCAGGUAGAAACACCAUUACCCUUGCAGUUAAAUGUGGCUCUGGGACUUAGUUUAGGCCCAUGGGAUGUGAGUGAAAGUUGACUUUGCAGGUCAUCUCCAAUUUAAGAGAUAAGCCAGCUUUCCUGGAUUCUCUUUCCGCCUUUCCGUGAGCUGCAACAUGGAUUGAUCUACAGUCCAGCCUUGACCAUACAGAUGAAGACAGUUCCUGGAGGAAUGGCAGAACCGAAAGAUGGGAAGAGCUUGGAUCUCCGAAUGACUCUGGAGCAAAGCAACCCACCAUUCCGGGCUGGUCAGUUGGGACUGUUACUGGGAGAGAAGAAUAAAAUUCUGUUAUCUU